UGCAAGCAAGUCAACUUAGCUUGCUCGAGCCUUAUCCAGAGCUGACUGACAAGUUUAUAUUUGUUACCCUAUUUAUUUAAGUUGAACAUCAGCGAUAUAUAUGGUCUUAAUUUGUAUCAUAGUUAUGGCCCAUUCUGUGCAUAUCUAGGGAAUUCCUUGACGAGGUUGUCGGAAGAGAAUCGUAUCGUAGUAGCUAGCACGUAGUAAACACGUACAGUAUCAGAUAGAUCUAGUUUAGCAUGCUACUAAACGUCUUCGAUACAACUUUACAGACGCUAGUCGCUUAGGUUUCCUUUUUUACUCAUAAUGUUCAAGACAAAAAUUCUUAUUAUCGGUCCAAGUGAGAGUGGAAAGACUGUAUUAGCCAAUUUCUUAUCGGACACAGUGGAGACUAUUGGGGGCGAUUACAGUCCAACACAAGGUGUCAGGAUACUUGAGUUUGAAUCACAGAACCAUGGAAGCGGAGACAGAGACUCCUCUUGUGAGGUGGAAUUGUGGGACUGUGGAGGAGACUUCAAGUUUGAGUCUUGCUGGCCUGCACUGAUGAAGGACUCCAAUGGUGUGGUUAUUGUGUUUAAUGAUGAUGUGCCAAGCCAUGUCAAGGAAGCAGAGACCUGGCACUCAACGUUUGUUGCCUCGCAGGGACUUAAGGAGAAUCAGUGUCUUUUACUUGUCCAUCACAAGCCGGGAAGCAAUGCCAAUGCUUCUCCUCCACCACUGGAGCCACAUCUAAGCAAGCUGCAGCUCAUUCACUCUAAUUUGGAAGAGGACCCCGAGGAUGUGCGGCAGGAGUUUCGUAAAUUUUUGGGGGGUGUUGUGAAGACGAUGUCUGAAAACCGAGACAAUGAGGAAAUGUCGAUCUUCGCCUGAACACUUAAGGUCAUGUCUUGUUUGUACCAUGGAAUUAACUGCUCACACUUAUUUCACACCUGGAAACAGGUUUUCAAACUUGAUCAGAUGUUUUUUCCUUAGGAUCUGUACAUAGAUAUGUACAUAAAUUGUUACUUAUAAAAUGUUUCAGUGAAUAUGUUUAAUAAACCACUAUUCUUU